AAUAAAAUAUGAAAAAGAAGAUAGUAAAGAAAAUUGUAGUCUUUGUACAAGACAAGAUAAGAAGUGUGUUAUUUUUAAGCCUCAAUAUAUGGAAAAACAUAUUGUUGAGCUCACUAAAGAAGUUCAAAGAGAUAAAGAAGAGAUUCAAGAUUUGAAGAUCUGA